AUGGCUCACAUGCUGCAAGUGAACACAAAUCUUAAGUGAUCUUUUUUAUUUUUUAAACUGCUAUAAUAAAUGUAAAAUAUUAUAUUUUUAUAAAGUGUCGGUGUUAUGGUCACGUGGUGAGGUCAAGUUUAGCGGGAAAGAAAACAUGGCGAGCGAAGUAGCAGGUAGCGUUGCGGAGCCAGUACAAUGUCCCGUUUGUUUUAAGGAAUUCGCGGCGUCAGAAAUCAAUUUCCAUCUGGACAGAUGUUUGUUAAACAAUGACAGUUGUCCGACAUCAACCAGUAAAGACAUGAACGGACCACCUCUCAAGAAACCUCGCAUUUCUAGCGAAGCGUCUAGUCCAACAGUCAGCACGACAGACUCGUCGGAGGCGAGGAAAAGUACCGCGCCGCCCUCUCCGAUUUUCAGGAUGUUUCAGACUAACAUAAAUAAGGGUCCAGUUCAAAGUGAACGAAAUACAUUUUUAUCGAAUAAACCGAUUGCCAGCACUGCUGUCAGCAAAGGAACGAAACGUCAUUCACCGGACGAGAUGGGGGCAGGUAAAGCGAUGGGACAGUUUUGCAUCGACCACCCUGCAUCGAACACACUGAUAAAGACCCCGCGUGAUACUACACCUGUGCGCGCACUGCUGAAUAUCGAUAAGCCGCUGGCGGAGAAACUGCGACCAACCACGCUAGAGGAAUAUUUCGGCCAAAACAAAGUAGUAGGAGAACACACCCUUCUCAGGUCGCUGUUGGACUCUCAGGAGAUACCGUCAUUGAUCCUAUGGGGACCACCUGGAUGUGGGAAGACCACCCUGGCCCACAUCAUAGCCAGCGGCAAUAAGAAGAGGGGCACGGCCCGCUUCGUUUCUCUCUCUGCCACCAGCACAUCCACCAAUGAGGUGCGAGAGGUCAUUAAGCAGGCCCAGAAUGAGUUAAAACUGAUGAAGAGGAAGACCAUCCUCUUUAUAGAUGAGAUCCAUCGCUUCAACAAGUCACAACAGGAUACCUUCCUCCCUCAUGUGGAGUGUGGGACAGUGACUCUGAUCGGGGCAACCACGGAGAACCCUUCGUUCCAGGUGAACGCGGCUCUGCUUAGCAGGUGCAGGGUCCUGGUUCUGGACAAGCUGUCUGUGGAGGCAAUGGGGUUGAUCCUGCUCAGGGCCGUCGCUACGCUGGGGAUCAGUGUACUGGGAGAAGAUCUCAGCGACCGCAUAGAUCAAAACGAGUUAGACCCAACCGAGCUCAGAUCAGAACCAAAGGUCUAUAUUGAGCAGAAGGCUCUGGACACCAUAGCCCACCUGUGUGACGGCGACGCCCGAGCAGGGCUCAACGGACUCCAACUGGCUGUCCAGGCCCGGGUGGGUGCAGCCCAUCCUGGCCAAUCAGGAUCUGGCAGUACCCCACAUGACAUUGUGGUGCAGGAGGAGCAUGUGAAGGAGGGCCUUCAGAGGUCCCAUAUCCUCUACGACAAAGCAGGUGAGGAGCACUAUAACUGCAUCUCAGCGCUGCACAAAUCAAUGAGGGGCUCCCACGAGAACGCUUCCCUCUACUGGCUGGGCCGCAUGCUGGAGGGAGGAGAGGACCCCUUGUACGUGGCUCGCAGACUAGUCCGCUUCUCUAGUGAAGACGUGGGUAUGGCAGAUCCCUCCGCCCUUCCUCAGGCUGUAUCUGCCUUCCAGGCCUGCCACUUCAUUGGGAUGCCAGAGUGUGAGGUGAUCUUGGCUCAGUGUGUGGUGUACCUGGCCAGGGCUCCUAAGUCGGUAGAAAUCUACAAGGCGUACGGUAACGUGAAGGCCAGUCUGAGGAACCAUAAGGGCCCCCUACCCUCUGUUCCCCUGCACCUUCGCAACGCCCCCACCAAGCUCAUGAAGGACCUGGGCUACGCUGAGGGCUACAAGUACAACCCUGCCUUCAGUGCCCCUGUGGAGCAGGACUACCUGCCUGAGGAGCUCCGGGGAAUGGACUUCUUCACCUGGAACCCUUCUGACCUAUAACCUUUGAGGUUGACCCAUGACCUCUGGCAUCUGAGGUGAAGGUUACUGUGAGGGUUAUAAUGCUAAAGAUCCAUUUUUGUGCUAUGAGGACCUCUGAAAAUGCUGCUGGAUCUAACACGAAUAGAACACUUAAGUAUAAGACCAAUUUUGAGUUCAAUGAUAUCACUUUGUUAAAUAAAUGUAAUCUUGUAUUGUAGAUUGUUACCAUUAUGUUGAUAUAUUUUGUUCAAUAGACUUAGAAAUAAACAGAGGGACAGUAAUUAGUACCUUUUCUAUUAUAAUACAUUUUAUCAUCUAGGACUUACUGAGUGUACAUAGCAUUAGGAACACCUUCCUAAUAUUGAGUUGCACCCCCUUUUGCCCUCAGAACAGCCUCAAUUCAUAAGGGCAUGGACUCUACAAGGUGUUGAAAGCAUUCCACAGGGAUGCUGGCCCUGUGAUGUUGACUUCAAUGCUUCCCACAGUUGUGUCAAGUUGUCUGGAUUUCCUUUGGGUGCUGGACCAUUCUUGAUACACACAGGAAACUGUUGAGUGUGAAUAACACCGCAGCGGUGCAGUUGUUGACAGACUCAAACUGGUGUGCCCUGCACCUACUACCAUACCCCGUUCAAAGACACUUCAAUUGUUUCUUGCCCAAAUGUCCCUCUGAAUAGCGUACCCAAUCUAUCAGUCUCAAUUGUCUCAAGGUUUAAAAAUCUUUAUUUAACUUGUUUCCUCCCCUUCAUCUACACUGAUUGAAGUGGAUUUAACAAGUGACAUAAAUAAGGGAUUAUAGCUUUCACCUGGUCUCACCUGGUCAGUCUGUCAUGGAAAGAGCAUGUUCCUAAUGUUUUGUACACUCAGUGUAUAUGGGAGGUUUAUUCCGUUUUGAGCCAUUGUCUGCAAAUGAAAGAAAUUACAUUAAAGGUAAUCUCAUGCAGUACCACUUGUUUUACACCAACUCACUUAACCAUCCAUGUGUUGCACCAGUUCUGCUGCACCAUGGUACAGUCAGUUAAUCCCUACAAGGUCUCAGGUGCCAUUAUUUCAACUAUGUGAUCUUAUUCAGCAGCUACACAGCCUAGGCCUGAGGCCUCAUAAAUGAUGAGUCCUAACUCACCUGACUGAUCCAGGGAAUUAAAGAACCACCGUGGGUGAAGACAGUAGGUUUUUGGGUGGUGUUGCAGCCUUUACCAUUCACAAAGCUGGUAACCCCCCUGGAUGUACCACCUACCAUCUCUACCCUGACAGUUCAGGUUCCCACCUGAGUAACCCUGGGGAGACACAAGAAGACCAGGGUGGAGGAGAUAGAAAGAUGCAUGUAGCCACAUUGAAAAUAAUCUGAAGUAUGUCUGAUGCUACUGCAUACAUAAAUCACACAAAAAUGUACUGUACAUUGUUAAUAGUUGAGAUAAUAACAUCUAGAAUGUUUGACUAAAACAAUUUCAAACUUUGCUUACAUUUGUAUAUGAUCGUGUGUGUCUCUAAUAUGUUAACACUGUCUGCCAUUCCUUAUUCAGCUGCAUGUCUAUGAAAGUGACUCAGGUUAGUCACUCUUCCCAAUGACACAGUGGUGAUAUAUCUAAAAAAGUUUACAGACCUAUUUUUAUUAGAAACAGUUUGCACUAUACUGUAUGUCUGAGCAAAUCAUGAGGUCCUUGUAUGGCUCUUUCUUACCCACAGAAGACGAUUAUAAUUUCAGUCAGGAUGGCAGAUCAUCUUUUCCACUGAUGGACUGCUCAUAGCCUUCCUUUGUCUUCAUGUCAUGCUCUACCAGGAUCAGUCUGUACAUGUGCAACCUGGAUUUUUUUAUUUUUUUUUAUUUUACCUUUUAUUUAACCAGGUAGGCAAGUUGAGAACA